CCCACAAGUUCAGUAGUCAGUACUCGUUCAGACACCACAGCACUGCAACGCAAACCCCCGUCUCCCUCGUCUCGUUCCGCUUCCGGCCCCAACUCCUGCGUCGGCUCUCGCCACCGCAGCACCGCCCGCCGCUCGCCGAGUCGCCGAGCACGCCUCCGCCGCCGCACCGCUCCAGUCCUCGCUUCCUGCCUGGUCCCGUAGGCGUCCUCUUCCUCCCGCCUCUGGAGUGGGUAUCCGCCUGGACUUGGAUUAAGCUCUCCUUUCGCUGGUCAUAUGGUGCCAUUGGAAACACAGAUUGUAGUUGAGAAAAACCCUUCCACAAGUGCGGAUGCCAAAGAGCUUGUUUUGACAAAAGAUCAAAACACAUCUACCACUGUCGUUCAAGGUACAAGCUCCUUAACGUCACCAAAAGGUGUUCAAGAGCAGGCUAGCUUUAUGGGUAAAGGUGGAGAACAACAGUUCGGCUACCAGCCCAAUGUGUAUGCCCCUCAGCCACACACACCCUUUUCUGGAGGAUACUUGAACCAAUUGGGUCAAUGGGAGGGAUACCCAUAUGCAGAUGGACUUGAUGCCACUUACCCUGUGACGUAUGGAGCUUAUUCCCCUUUGUCAGCCAUUGGAGACAGCCAGACAUAUUUCUCUUUGCUCUACCCCAUGUCAAGCCCUUGCUACCAGCCACCUGCUUCUCCAAGCACAGGAUAUUCAAGUCCUGGUACUGGAAUAUCACAAUUUGAUCCGAUGCACCAGUAUUAUUUUCCUGACGAAGUUCAUUACUCAUCGGCUCCUGGCUUCUAUCAGCCUUUUGGUUCUUUCAAUGAAAUUCCAAUGCAAUCUAGUGGUGUUCCUGGAUUUUUUGAGCAAGGAAACAUACCCCUGGCUUCUAGAAUGCAUCAGGAAUCCAUGUCUAAUUCUGGAUCAUACAAGGCAUUCCAGCAAGGUGGUAAAUUUGGAGGCAGUACACAAAGUUGGAGCACUGCUAGUUGCAGAUUCGACACCUUCAACAAGGGCUUCAAGAAUGAGAAGGGCUCUCUUGACUUUCUGAAUGAGCAAUGCCAUGGCCCAAGGGCCACCAAAACACAGAAAGAAGUGGGGAUCUCUUCAGCUGAGGACAAAAAUAAGAAGACAUUGCCAAUAGCUGAUUCUGAGAAGUACAACCACCCUGGUUUUGUCACAGAGUACAAAGAUGCCAGAUUUUUUGUAAUAAAAUCCUACACUGAAGAUCACAUUCACAAGAGCAUAAAGUAUAAUGUUUGGGCCAGCACUCCCAGAGGGAACAGGAAGUUAAAUGCUUGUUAUCGUGAGGCGAAAGAGAAGGAAGACCGUUGUCCCAUUUUCUUGUUUUUCUCGGUUAAUAGCAGUGGUCAAUUCUGCGGUGUAGCUGAGAUGACUGGGCCUGUCGAUUUUGACAAGAGUGUUGAUUACUGGCAGAAUGACAGAUGGAAUGGCCAAUUCCCUGUCAAGUGGCACAUUGUUAAGGAUGUCCCAAACAGCAUUGUCCGGCACAUCACCCUGGAGAACAAUGAGAACAAGCGAGUUACAAAUAGCAGGGACACGCAGGAGGUGAAACUGGAGCAGGGUCUCAAGAUGUUAGCCAUCUUCAAGAACCAUGAAGCUGAGACAAGCAUCCUUGAGGACUUCGACUUCUAUGAGCAACGAGAGAAAGCUAUGCUAGAUGACAGACAGCAACAGAAGCAACAGUGUUCCAAGACUGGGAAGCAGGUGCAGCAGGCCAGUGCACCAGUGAACAUUGUGACUGGUAUCUCGGACGCCUUUGCAGAGGCUGUCCAACUGGAAGAAACCAAUGACAAAGAAGACAAACCAAGGAUUGAAGAUGCUGCAGCUGCUGAUAACGUUCCUGCUGCUCCUGUGAAGAUCGAAGAAGCCAUGCUGAAAACAGCGGAAGUGGGAGGCCUCUUGAAAGAAAGCGGGUGACUGCUCGUUCUCCUUUCAUGACUAAUCCAGAGCAGCAGCUGGGUCCAUUUCUGAUGGUAUUUCAGGGAGAGAAUGAAGGUUAUGCAAAUAUCGCAGCAGGUGCAUCUUUUGUACAGCAUGGUAGGCUAGAGGCGUAGACCUUGUUUCACCUUCAGUUAGGCAGGCUUUAGUCUAAUUACAGAGCUUCCUAAGUUGUCACCGUUUUCCACCACUUUCACUGCUUUCUUCUGUAACUUCUUUCCACUGACCCCCCUGAAGAAUUGUGCUCAGUGUUUUAGCCAAUUAUCCAGGAAAAAAAGAAAAUAUUAUUCUGUAUUAGUCCUGAUCAAAUUCUACAUAUUAGCUAAGACGGCCACUAUCA